AUGGCGACCAGGAAGCCCACCGGCGGAGCUGGGCUCCUCCUCGGCGCCAUCCUCGCCGUCGUCUUCCUCGCCGGGCUGGCGGCGACGCAGCAGACCUCCGCCGGGGACGCGGCGGCGAUGCGGGCGGUGGCGCAGGGGCUCCUCGGGGCGGUGGAGUCUCUGGGCUGGUCCGUCGGUGGCAACCCCUGCGAGUGGCGGUUCGUCUCCUGCUCCGGCGGCCGCGUCACCGCCAUCCAGAUCGGCAACCGCAGCGUCGCCGGCGAGCUGUCGCCGGCGAUCCGCAACCUGACGGCCCUCGUCAGGCUGGAGCUCCAGGACAACCGCAUCGCUGGGCCCCUCCCCUCCCUCGCCGGUCUCGCCGCCCUGCAAAUCCUCAUCCUCCAUGGCAACCUCUUCUCCUCCGUCCCCGUCGACCUCUUCUCCGGCCUCUCUGCCCUCCAGGCGGUGAACCUCGACGGCAACCCCUUCGCGCCGUGGGAGAUCCCCCGCAGCCUCACUGACGCCGCCGCGCUGGUGAACUUCUCCGCCAACUCCGCCAACGUCUCCGGCGAGAUUCCCGACUUCUUCCCCACCGCCUUCCCGGGGCUCUCCGUGAUCGCCCUCUCCUUCAACCUCCUCCGCGGGGAGAUCCCGGCGAGCUUUGCCGGGGCUGCAUCCUUGCGGACCCUCUGGUUGAACAGCCAGCGGGGGACCCCCCGCCUCUCCGGCGCCGUCGCCGUCGUCGCCAACAUGACCUCCCUCACCCAGCUAUGGCUUCACUCCAACGAGUUCUCCGGGCCGCUGCCGGACUUCUCCGGCCUCGCCGCCAUGGAAGACCUACAACUCCGGGACAAUCGCUUCUCCGGCCCCGUCCCCUCCUCCCUCCUCUCCCUGCCGGCGCUGAAGAAGGUGACUUUGGCCAACAACCUCUUCCAGGGGCCCGUCCCCGUCUUCCCCGAGUCCAUCGCUAACGAGGUCGACCUCGAUCCGGGGAGGCAGAGCUUCUGCCGGCCGGUCCCCGGCGACUGCGAUCCCCGAGUGACCGCCCUCCUGCUAAUCGCCGGGUCCUUCGGGUGGCCGAGGAGCUUCGCCGAGGGGUGGAAGAAGAACGACCCCUGCGCGCGGUGGCCGGGGAUCACCUGCUCCGGCGACGGCGAGGUCACCGUGGUCAGCUUGCGGAAGAGGGGCCUCAGCGGCUCCAUCUCGCCGGAGUUCGCCCGGCUGAAAUCUCUCCGGCGGAUCUUGCUGGGCGGCAACAACAUCACCGGGACGAUCCCGGCUUCUCUGGCCGCUCUGCCGGCGCUGGAAGAGCUCGACGUUUCUGACAACCAGCUCUCCGGACGGGUGCCGGCGUUCCGCGCCAGGGUGCUGGUGACCACCGCCGGCAACCCUGGGAUAGGGAACGAUGGCGGCGGCGGCGCCGUCCCAUCGUCUCGCGGUUCAAACGCCUCUGCCGCAGACGAAGGCGGCGCCGCCCCUUCGGCUGCCCGGGUUACCUCCCCUUCUACUCUGACGGGAGCCAUAGCUGGGUCGCUCGCCGGUGGCGUCCUCGGCGUGGCCCUGUUCGGGCUUUUCUGCCUCUACAAGAGGAAGCACCGCCACUCAGGCCGGGUCGAGAGCCCCAGCGCCGCGGCGACGCUCCGCCGCCAGUCCGAUAUGCUCAAGCUUAGCCCCAGCGGCGAUGGCGGUGGCGGAAUGCUGAUACCCAUCGAGGUGCUCCGGGAGGUCACCGGCGGGUUCAGCGAGGAGCGCGUCCUCGGCAGAGGAGGCUUCGGGACGGUCUACCGGGGGGACCUCCCCGACGGGACGAAGGUCGCCGUUAAGAGGAUGGAGGCGGCGGCGGCGGCGGUGGCGGGGUGCAAGGGGCUGAGGGAGUUCGCCGCCGAGAUUGAGGUCCUCACCAGGGUCCGCCACCGGAACCUGGUCUCCCUCCUCGGCUACUGCCUCGACGGCGGCGAGCGGAUCCUCGUCUACGAGUACAUGCAGCAGGGAACCCUAGCCAAGCACCUCCUCCACUGGAAGGAGGAAGGGGUGGCGGCGCUCUGCUGGAAGCGGAGGGUCGCCAUAGCCCUGGACGUGGCGAGAGGGGUGGAGUACCUCCACAGCCUGGCCCACCGGAGCUUCGUCCAUAGAGACCUGAAGCCGUCCAACAUCCUGCUCGGGGAGGACAUGAAGGCGAAGGUGGCGGACUUCGGACUGGUGCGGCCGGCGGCGGCGGCGGCGGAGGAGACGCGGCUCGCCGGGACCUUCGGGUACCUCGCGCCGGAGUACGCCGCCACGGGGAGGGUGACCACGAAGGCGGACGUCUUCAGCUUCGGGGUGAUCCUCAUGGAGAUGGUGACGGGGAGGAGGGCGCUGGACGAGAGCCGGCCGGAGGAGAACGCCCACCUGGUGGAGUGGUUCCGGCGGGUGAUGCAGCGGCGGCGAGGGAGGAGGGUGGAGGAGCUGGUGGACCCGGCGAUAGAGCUCGAUGGGGAGACGGCGGCGGGGGUGGAGAGGGUCUGCGAGCUGGCCGGCCAUUGUUGCUCGCACGAGCCCAUGCAGAGGCCGGAGAUGGGGCACGCCGUUAACGUGCUGUCAUCACUGGCGGAGAGCUGGAGGCCGGUGGACUCCGACGGGGAAGAGACCUGCGGGAUCGACCUCACCAUGACGCUGCCGCAGGCGCUGAUGAGGUGGCAGGCCUGCGAGGACGACGAUGAUGAGGACAUCCCGCCGACCGUCCGCACCGGUGCAGAUGACUACCAGUCCAGCGUGCCCACCGGGCCCGCGGGAUUCGCCAACUCCACCUCCCCCGAUGGAAGGUAG